AUGUCAAUCUGCACUACAGAGGAAACUGUCUCCUGUCUGGCAGUGAACACAAAACAAAUACUCCAUGACGCCGACAUCAGUGGUACAUUCUUGAUUGAGUGGGUACUUGUAACCGAUAGCUGGGAGAUGUGUGUUCCUACGUCCGAAGGUCUUAUUCCACUUGAACACGCGAAAGAAGGGCAGAUGAUUAUUGUGUAUAUUUCGGAUGGCAAGCUGAAACGUUUCCCGGAAGGAGAGCUGGAGCCGGUACUGCAAAAUUCCUGUGUAUUGCAGGCGAUCCUGAAGAGCCCCAAGAUCGGUCGUACCUGGAUUGUCCAUUCCCUAAGAGCGCCGAGAUAUCUAUUCGCCCUGCAUUCUGCAGUCAGAACAGGCACUCAAAAGAUAGAGACUUGUCGGCCUUGCUGGGAGGAAGUAUCAGCUGCUGCCCGUCGAGAGCUCGAGCCUCAACAAGAGGAGCCCGGGACCAACAGCAGCGACCAUGCUUGCCACAUCCUUAACGAUUACCAAAAUCAGCUGCGAUCUCUAGAUAUUAUUGGCCGGAGGAAAUUGAAGGAAGCGAAGCGCAGAGACCAGCUGCCGGGGUGA